AUGACUCUCAUCAACUCAAUCACAAACCUGCCUUUCCGCAAACCUGCCCAAAUCCCUCAAGAAUCUUCACCUUCGUUGACGUCAAGCUCAUCUGACACCAUGGCCUUCCUUGUCCCCGUUAAGGAGUCUGAUAUCUCCAUCGUCUACGAUACCAACCACCGCAAGCUCGUGCUCGGGGCAAGGGGCGAGAUCCCCAAGGUCUGGUUCACCCCUUUCUUCCAGCAGGAGACAUUGCUUGGCGGCCUGAGCUUCUCCAUCCGCGACUUCGCCGGUGGUGUCCCCGCCCAGAAGGGGGACAAGUCUUUCGAUAUCUCCCUUGACUUCCCGAUCAACCUGCCUCUGCAGCACUUCAACAACAAAACUGUCCAGAUCGAGACCGCCAACGGCAGUUUCCCCAUCGAGAUCAAGUACACUGGCUUUGCACCGCCCCCUGUCAUCAGAGGGGGCAAGGACAACGAGGAGGAGGGUACCACCACCCGAAGCGUCCUGACUCCGAUUAAUAACUUCCUUCCUGCCCCUCCCCAUGUCUUGCGCAUUACGGCGCAGAUCCCCAGGAUUGAGGCGCCCGCUACUUACGACAUCAAGCCUUCCUAUAACCAGGUCUUUCUUGAGUUGGUUGAUACGACGGCCCAGGAGGGAAGCAUCUCCUGGACCUUUAAGUGGAGGGAGCUUCCUACUGCUGAGGGCACAAACCCCCAGCUGAUUGACGUCACCACCCACAUCUACAACGGCCUCGUCGGCCAUGCCGCCCACAACUCCUACGUCAUCCAGGGCCACAUUGUUCACUUCGUCGUUUUCGACAAGAAGUAA